AUGGCUCCCAAAAGGGUUCUUCUCCUUUGCGGUGACUUCAUGGAAGACUUCGAAGUUAUGGUUCCUUUUCAGGCAUUGCAAGCAUUCGGUAUCACCGCCGAUGCUGUUUGUCCCGGUAAAAAAUCCGGUGAUGUCUGCCGCACCGCCAUCCAUAUGCUUUCCGGUGGACAGACAUAUACCGAGACAGUUGGUCACAAUUUUACGCUGAAUGCAACUUUUGAUGAAGUUGAUCACACAAACUAUGAUGGGUUGUGGUUGCCUGGAGGAAGGGCGCCGGAAUAUCUUGCUCACAUUCCUAGUGUUGUGGAGCUGGUUGCCAAGUUUGUAAAAUCUGGAAAACAGAUUGCUUGCAUUUGUCAUGGCCAUUUGAUUCUGGCAGCUGCUGGAGUCGUUGAAGGUCGCAAGUGCACAGCUUUUCCUCCUGUCAAACCAGUAUUGGUUGCUGCUGGUGCUCAUUGGGUUGAACCUGAGACAAUGUCAACAACUGUCGUGGAUGGUAAUCUCAUCACUGCACCUACUUAUGAAGGGCACCCGGAACUUCUUCGGCAUUUUGUGAAGGGAUUAGGAGGCAAAAUAAGUGGCUAUGAUAAAAAAAUUCUCUUUAUUUGCGGGGAUUACAUGGAAGAUUACGAGGUUAAGGUUCCUUUUCAGUCUCUUCAGGCUUUAGGAUGCCAUGUUGAUGCAGUUUGCCCCUUAAAGAAGGCUGGUGAUACUUGCCCAACUGCUGUUCAUGAUUUUGAAGGAGAUCAAACUUACAGUGAGAAGCCAGGGCACAAUUUUGCUUUAACUGCAACCUUUGACGACGUUGUUCCUUCAGCUUACGAUGCUCUUGUCAUCCCUGGAGGUCGAUCACCUGAGUACUUGUCAUUGAAUGAGACCGUUAUUUCCUUGGCGAAGCAUUUCAUGGAAGCCAAUAAGCCAGUUGCAUCAAUCUGCCAUGGCCAACAGAUUUUAGCUGCUGCUGGUGUUCUCAAGGGAAGAAAAUGUACGGCUUAUCCAGCCGUGAAGCUUAAUGUGGUUUUAUCAGGAGCAACUUGGCUGGAGCCUGACCCCAUAAGCCGAUGCUUCACUGAUGGGAAUUUGGUUACUGGAGCUGCAUGGCCAGGGCACCCUGAGUUCAUUGCCCAGUUGAUGGCACUACUCGAUAUUCAAGUAUCUUUCUAG